AUGGUUCUUUUCAAGAGAAUUGCAAUUAUAGGAGGCGGACCAGCUGGUCUUGCAGCUGCAAAGGCAUUGGCGCUUGAACCUGCAAGUUUCUCCAUUGACUUAUUUGAGAGAAGAGAUAACAUUGGUGGCCUCUGGUACUACGGUGGUGAUAAGACAAAAGUUUCACCACGCAUACCCUCUAUUGACCCAGACGACAAAGAGAUUUUAGAUCCAAAUAACGGAUUUCAAAACAGAUUUUUCUCUCCCAUGUACGAUCAGCUCGAGACAAACCUUGUCACCAGGUUGAUGAAGUACAACAAGGUUCGAGACUCUAUCUUCACUCCAGAGACCAAGAUGUACACAAGGAGAGAAAAUGUGCUUGAAUAUAUCCAUAGGUACAAGGAUACGAUUCCCAGUGGUGUCAACUUUCACUUCAAUCGAAACAUCACGCGUCUUCUGAAGGAGAAAGACGAGUGGCUUCUAGAGGUGGAGGACUCGACUUCCCUAGAUCGGGAGACAAGAACGUUUGAUGCUGUUAUUCUUGCAAAUGGUCACUUCGAGAUUCCUUAUAUUCCUGACACUCCGGGCAUUGCCGAAUGGGCGAAAGCAGACCCCAAAACAGUUACACACGCAAAGUACUUCACUGAUGGUGCUCCUUUCAGAGACAAAAAUGUCGUUGUUGUCGGUGGCCUCUCCAGUGGAACUGAUCUUGCAACUCAAAUAAGCACGGUGGCAAAAUCAGUUCACGUCAGCAUCAAGGGUGAUCCCAAGGAUUACGAGUUGAUUAGAGAGGACCUCCAAGUUGUCCCUUUAAUCACAGAGUACAGCCACAAAACGAAACUGGCGAAGACCGCUGAUGGUCAGGUUCUUGAGGAUAUAGACAGCAUAGUGUUUUGCACGGGCUACCUCUACUCGUAUCCUUUCUUGAAACAGUACUUGGAGGUCACUGAUGGAUUGCAAGUGAAAGACAUCUAUGCUCAGAUUUUCAACGUGGAUGACCCUUCCCUCACGUUUAUUGCGCUACCAAAGGAUGUUAUCCCAAUGCCGUUGUCUGAGUUGCAGGCCGCCGUUGUCGCCCGAGUUUUCAGUGGCAGAUUGAAGCUCGCUUGUAGAGAGGAAAGAAGAGCAGCUUACGAAAAAGAACUCAAAGAAAAGGGAUCUGGAAAGUCAUUUCACUCUUUCAAGACGCCCCAGGAUGUGGAAUACUACACGAAGCUCUACAAUUGGGUGAAUGAUGCUGGUCUCUUAGACGAAGGCUUGGCGCCUUCACAAUGGGGAGAGCAAAGAAAGAUCGAUAGAAAGAACACCAAAGCGGAUAAAGAGGUAAGAAUUGCGAUGAUGCUCGAGCAUGCAGCAAAGCUAAGGAAGAAACAUCUUGUUUUCAAGCUACCAGAUGAAGAGUACAUAUUGUGA